AUGCCCACUUCUGCUAUUGACGACCUUGUUCACAACAUACUCGCUAAAGUCGCUUCCACAAUUAUGAGCAUCCCCGCAUCACCUAUGCUUGUCAAUGGAGUACCCUCCCGCACACAGACACCCUUCAUCCGCGCUUCGUCGAAUUCACCUUCAAUCGAACUCAGUCAUGCAUCGGACGAACAAGAAUUUGCCACACAUCUGAUCUCUGCCAUCCGGAUUCCCGUUGACUUCACAGAGAUUCUAGUUGCCCUAAGGAAUCGCCCGCAAGAUCGACAAGCAGUGGUUUCUAUGCAGCGAGCAUUAGAAAUGGUCGAGUGGAUGCAGACAGCCAGACAAGAGCUCAUCGCAGUGGAGGAAAGGACGAGUAGAGCCCGAACCAGAGUAGACCAAGUCUGGUCUCUGAUGUGCAGUACGGUCACUCGUACAGCACAGGAGAUCUGGAGGGAGCAUGGGGACAAAGACAUCGGGCACAUCCUUGGAUACACCAUUGAUGGGAGACCCGCAUCCACUCCUCGUUCAUCACCAGAACCAAUUCCUGUUUGA